AUGGAAAACAUUUCAGUGUUACCAUCUAAGGAAGAUGAAAAGAUGGAUUUGCCUCCUGGAUUUCGGUUUCAUCCAACUGAUGAAGAGCUUAUAAGUCAUUACCUUUACAAAAAGGUUAUUGAUUCGAAUUUCUCCGCGAAAGCUAUCGGAGAUGUAGACCUCAACAAGUCUGAACCUUGGGAUUUACCAUGGAAAGCUAAAAUGGGAGAAAAAGAAUGGUACUUUUUCUGUGUGAGAGACAGAAAAUACCCAACUGGUUUGAGGACAAACAGAGCAACAGAAGCAGGCUAUUGGAAAGCAACUGGGAAAGAUAAAGAGAUUUUCAAAGGGAAAUCGUUGGUUGGAAUGAAGAAAACUCUUGUUUUCUACAAAGGAAGAGCACCAAAAGGCGAAAAAAGUAAUUGGGUCAUGCAUGAAUAUCGUCUCGAGGGUAAAUUCUCUGUUCACAAUCUUCCUAAAGCUGCAAAGAAUGAAUGGGUUAUUUGCAGGGUGUUUCAGAAGAGUUCAGCUGGUAAAAAAACACAUAUUUCUGGGAUAAUGAGGUUGGAUACACUUGGUAAUGAAUUUGGUUCAGUUUUACCACCACUUACCGAUUCGAUUGGGAAAAUCAAACAAUUGAAUGAUUCGGCUUACGUGCCCUGCUUCUCCAAUUCAAUUGAUGUUCAAAGAAACCAAGGAGGGAUCUUUGAUUCAUUCACAAACUCGAUUUACGGCGUUUCUUCAAAUAAUCCACACGAUGUUUUUCAAAGAGGUUCAUUAUACUCUUCUUCUAAUCAAUCUAAUUUUCAAUUUCCUAGUUCUGUUUGCGGUAUUCAAGAUCAUUCACUUUUAAGAGCUCUAUACGAAAACAACAGUUUCAAAACCGAGCGACAACAACAACAACAACAAAUUGUGAGUGUUUCACAGGAAACAGAUCUAACUACUGAUAUCAACGCUGAAACGUGUUCUGUUGUGUCAAAUUUUGGUAUCGGUAGAAGGGCUUUGGAGAAUAAUAAUCAUCAACAUCGUCCACCACCUGUUGAUUUUGAUGGUGCUUUAUGGAAUUACUAA